GUGGGGUCGACAGCUGGCAAGUUCGCGGAUGCGCCUUGGCAAAUGUUCCAACGCUCGGCCAUCGCCAAGCUGGAGAUGGAGCUGGCCGGGACCAAGGCGGAGCUCGCCAAGGCUGAGAACAAGGACAGCGACAGCAUGGGCACGGACGCCUCGGAGGCCGACGACAUUCAGAAGAACAGGGGGCGCAUCGCCGCCAUCGACGACAGCCUCUCUCGCAUCAAGGAUUCGAAGGAGGCCGCGUUCCUGGCCCUGCGUAAGUCUCUCGAGGAUGAGCGUGCCAAGCUGCGCACACUGGUGGCAUCGGCUCGCCCUCUGGGCGCGCGGCUUCGCGACCGCGCACAGCGGUCGCUCAAGCUGGAAAAGACGCGCGAAACCCAGGGCGAGGUCGCAGCGCAGAUCGAGCAGCAGAUGGACAUUCUUCGGCCCAAGCAGCUGGACCAGCAGAACAUCAUCCAUGAGACGGAGGCCGAGCUAGAGAAUAUCCAGGCUGAGCAGAGCCGCUUGGCUGCCCUUGUCCCGCAGGCGCCCGAGAGCGCGGCGGCCUCCUUGCCCGCGUCGGGCCCGGGCGUCGCGGUUGAGAAGCUCGGCGCUUCCUCCUCCAGAAACUCGGCGACGACGGCGCCAUCCAGAACCAGCUGGACGGGGCGAUCCAGGGUCUGCGCGCCCUCGGCGCGGCCCAGCAGGAGCGGGGCCACCGGCGACACUUGGGCGCUGCUGAUGUACCUGUUCCCGCGGAUGCUGGACCUCCCGGCGCGGGCCUGCCCCCUGGCGGCGCGGGCCCAAGCUCUGAGGGGCCUGCGCAGGCACUUGCUGGCGCUGCUGGACCAGGCGUGCAGCGGGCGGCUGUCGCUGCUUCGUGUGAUCGGAGGGCCUCGCCUGAUGGGCGCGGCACCACGACGUAUCCUGUGGCCAGGGCUGGUGGUCCACAUUCUAGGCAUGUUGCUUCAGGAUGAACAGGCGCAUGGAACAGGAGCGAAUCCCCCUGGGCCAGGUUUCGCCCGCGGGCCCCUCCACGCCAAGCCUGGCGCGCAGUGCGUCGGCUACGCCGAUGCCAGGCCGGGCGCGGCAGCCGACUGCACCGCGCUCAAGGGCGAGGUCGUCACUGCGAACGUCUCUGAUGGCCGGCAGCUGGCGCACUUCUUGGAGCGACGCAAGGGGGCGCCGGUCGCGGUGCAAAAGCACAUGGCGAAUGAACUACAUCUCCGCGACCUCCA